ACUCGCCGCUCCGCUGCAGGUUCAUGUCUCUGAUAAAUCUGUUUAUCCAAAACAGCCCGCUUCCUUCCUGCUCCUCGCUCUGCUGUUGAAGCCGUGACCUCUCCAAUAUGGCCGCCCUGUUCGGCUGCGGGGAAGCGGAAGUAUGGAGGAGAGUUUACGAGAAGUACUGGGAUGUGGUGGAGGCCACGGCCAAAGCCAAGAAGCCGAAGCUACUGCAGCUUGACAAAUGGUACCAGGAGGAUUUGCCGGUGCUGAUUUCGAGUCGACCCGACAAACACAUCACUCUGUCCGAGCUGAAGAAGCUAAUGGAGUGGAAGCUAACGAGGGGGAAGUUCAGGCCGAGGCUGCAGCAGCUGGCGGCCUCCAACGCCGAGGACGCCGUCCAGAAACGCUCCAGAACGGCGUUGGGCCUCCUGCCCGACGUUCCGGCGGCCGUCGCUGAGCUCAGCGGCCUGAAGGGCGUCGGCCCCGCCACCGCCUCAGCCGUGUUGGCAGCAGCGGCUCCGGCUCUGACUGCGUUCAUGUCUGAUGAAGCGGCGGAGAGCGUCCCCGGGCUGCAGCCCGUCCAGUACACCGCCAAGCACUACGCGCUCUACCUGGACAGAAUGGCCGCCCAGGCUGCCAAACUAAACGCAGUGGAUCCGCAGCAGGACUGGACGCCCCACAGGCUGGAAAUGUGUUUGUGGGCGAUGGCGACGGCGACCAAGCUGCAGCUUCCUGUUCUGGAGGACCUGAAGGGCGGCGACUCGCAGAGCUCAGACUGCGACCAGAGGCCCGCCAAGAAACUUAAAACUGCUUAAAACACGGCGACGCUGAAGUUAGUCAGUAAAUUAGUUAUUUAGCCUGAUACAAGAGGAAGAAAAGGGGGAUUCAUUUUCCAAAAUCCACAUUUUCACAAUAUUAUUCACUUAUAAAAGUCAGUUUCUAACUGAAAUUAAUGACAGGAAGUGUAUGUUUAAGAUUCACUUGGUAAAAAUGAGAAAAUUAAAGAUCAGCAGCACCAUGUGGCCACAGUAUUAUUCUUUAUUUAUAUUGUUUCUAAAUUAAAGCAAAGUACAAUGAACAGUACAAAGUAAAACAAAAUAUAUUCAUAUAUAUACAAUAUAAAAUGGUUCCAUUCUGAACAUUUAAAAAGUACAAUAGUUUGUGAAGUAAUUCAUGAGGAUUUGGAUAUAAAUUAUCCACUAGUAAAUUUAGUUUUCCUUUAGUUUUGACCCAGAGAAAAAUAGCUUCUUCUUCUUCUUCUUCCUUUUUUUGUAAACGCUGUUUGGGCACGACCUCUUCUCUGGUGGGAGAGAUUGAGCCUCGUAAGCUUGGCACCAUUUUAUCGAUACAAGAAAGCAGCUCAUGAAAAACUACCACAGCAGCGCAGGCAUGACGUUGUCUGGCUAAUCUCAGAAAAGUUUUUAUUUUUUUAUUUUGCAUGGCCAACAGUUGCUCAGUUGCUGUGAACAUGUGAAUAAUCUGCAG